AUGCAAAAGACGAUUACAUUACGGCGGAUGACACCCCUCACCUGGGUCUUCGCCGCCAUCUGCUCCCUCCUGGCGUUUAUUUCAAUAUCUCACGUUCUUUACACGCCUUCGAAGGGUGGUAUAACCGGCUUUUCGAAUCAUAUGAAACCUUCUUCUUCUUCCGUUAAUACUACUGAUCUGUCCUCAAUACUCUACGAUGACACCAAAGAAGAAGCAGACCACCGCCCCUUAAUCCUCUACGUCUACUCUGAAACCGUAAAACCCAACUCCCCAUUCCUAACAGCCGACAACGCCACCAGCAAAGGUCGACAGAACAUCCUCUUCUUCAUAAACCACGCUUUACACGCCGAAGCCGAUUUCAUCUUCAUCCUCAACGGUCCCACGACCAUAGAACCGUUCAUCCCUACUCACAAACCUAAUAUUAAGAUCGUUAGGAGGGAGAAUAAGUGUUUUGAUCUGGGAGCUUACGCGGAUGUUUUACAAAGGAAUGAUGGGGAGUUGAUGAAGAAGUAUAAGAGGUUUAUUAUGAUGAAUGGAUCUGUUAGGGGACCGUUCAUGCCGAGUUGGAGUAGAGAGUGUUGGAGUGAUGCUAUGAUUGCGAAACUUACGGAUACUAAUAAAUUGGUGGGACUGAGCUACAACUGUCGAAAAAUCCGUCACAUCCAAUCCAUGCUCCUCGCCACAGAUUCAAUAGGAAUCUCCCUAAUAAUGCCCAAAAUCAACCAAUGCUUCGAAUCUUUCAUGAAAGCCAUCGGCGGCGAGAUUUCUAUAACCGGUGCCGUAACAUCUCAGGGUUAUAACGUAACAGCGUUGAUGACGUCAUUCCAGUCUUCGAAGGAUUAUGCGAAUACCUGCAAACAUGGGGAUAUUUUGUUGAAUAAUAGGUAUUAUAAUACUACUAUGCAUCCGUUUGAGACGAUGUUUCAGAAGGCGAAUAGGGGGAUGGCACCGGAGGUUUUGGAGAGGUUGACGGAGUGGAUUGAUGGGAGUGGGUAUGAUAGUUGGGGGGUUUGUAGGCGGGCGAGGAAUAUGAGGAGGGUGGUGAGGGAUAUGAAGAGGAGGGGGGUGGAUUUGGAUUUUGGGAUGUGA